CAUUGAUCAAAAUCUUUUCUCCAAUUCUCUCUAUCUCUCUCUCCCUCUUGCAGCAUCGCUUCUCCGUCAAUCGUCACCACCGAACUUUGUUUACCGAAGCUUCGAUUCAAUGAGGGGAAGGAGCUACACUCCGUCACCACCAAGGGGUUAUGGGAGGAGGGGUCGAAGCCCAAGCCCUAGAGGCCGAUAUGGAGGUCGUAGCAGGGACCUCCCCACCAGUCUUCUGGUUCGCAAUCUACGCCAUGAUGUCAGGCAAGAAGAUCUCAGGAGGGCAUUUGAGCAGUUCGGUCAUCUCAAGGACAUUUACUUGCCGAGGGACUAUUAUACUGGGGAUCCACGGGGUUUUGGUUUCGUUCAAUUUGUGGAUCCUGCUGAUGCUGCAGACGCAAAACAUAACAUGGAUGGUUAUGUUCUUCUUGGCCGUGAGUUGACUGUCGUGUUUGCAGAAGAGAACAGGAAGAAACCGACUGAAAUGAGGGCAAGGGAGCGUGGUGGAGGAAGCAGAUUUCGGGAUAGAAGGCGUAGUCCCCCUCGCUACUACUCUCGCUCUCGUUCUCCUCCCCCUCGACGUGGUAGAUCUCGGUCACAGAGCGGUGGCUACUAUUCUCCUCCCCCUAGAAGACACCACCCAAGGUCUGUCUCGCCCAGGGAAGAGCGUUAUGAUGGGAGGAGGUCAUACUCGCGCUCACCAGCCUAUAAUGGCUCAAGGGGUCGCAGCGUAAGUCCAGCCAGAGGUAAGAGCCACAGCAUAAGCCCCAGCCCUAGAAGAAGCAUAAGUCGUAGUCCUAGAAGAAGCAUAAGCCGUAGCCCAAAAAGAAGCAGGAGUCUGAGCCGCAAGAGAAAUAGGAGCUUGAGCCCGAGAAGAAGCAUAAGCCGUAGCCCUAGAAGAAGCAGGACCCCGAGGAAAAGCAGAAGCAACACUCCUGAACCAGCCAGAAGCAGGAGCCAGAGCCCGCAUGAUGAAGGAGAUCGUUCACCAAGCCAGUGAUUGAUUCUUCACUCUUUUGCUAGUCUUCUCUAGAUUAUGGUUGUGUCGUGUACCCGUAUUCUAAGAAAAAUUUAAGAUGAUACUGAAAAUAUGAGAAUUUUAUGUAGGGUGGAAUUUGGCUUUCUUAUGUUAUGGAGCAUGUGGGAACAUGGUACUGUUACUCUUAUGUUCUUUUAAGAUACAACCUUGGAUUUUUGUGGAA